CUACCGCCGAGUACUAAAAAAAUACAAACUUAUCAAGCACAUUUAAAGAUCUGGCUUUAGGUUUUUUUUUCCCCAAUCAGCAAGGAAAAUAAUAAUUUUAAUAACCAUGGAAAAUACCAUGAACAAAAUUAAAUCCUCAAAAGAUUAAACCCUAAACCUUGCAACUCCAUUUCCGACAGAACGCGUAGAGCUCUGCUGUUGAAAUGACGUCGCGAUUUCUCUUGAAUGGCUUCAAAUGGUUUGCAUGCCAGAGGACACAGACAGUGCUAAAACCUUGUUCAGGGUUUGCUAGCAGGGCUGGUUCCAGCGACCUGCAAGCGACAUUUAUAGCGGAAAGACGCAAAUGUUUAUAUAACGAGAGCAGACGGAUAUUGUUGCCUUUGUGGUCCAGAUCAUUUUCGUCGGAAGUGUUGGUGGAAGAGAAUGAAACAUCGUUGUCAGCUCUAAAGAAACUUGAUCGGGAGCUUCGUAGAGACAAGUACAGCGAAGAGAGGGUAAAUAAGGCAUUACAGGUUUUGGUGGAAGACGGGAACAAGAUCAGCAAAGAACAAGUUCUUCGCCUUAUUCGAAAGUUUCGCAAGUUUCGUAAACACGAAGCUGCUUUACAGGUCUCUAAGUGGAUGCUAGAGCGAAAGGAGUUUGAACACGUAUCUGGUGACUACGCUCUCCACAUGGACUUGAUAGCGAACAUACAUGGUGUGUCUCAUGCUGAACAGUACUUUGAAAGUCUCCCUAAGAAUAUAAGGGGUCUAGAGGUCAAUUCUGCUCUUCUCCAAUGCUAUGUUCGAAAGCAAUUGGUUGAAAAAGCAGAGGAACAAUUCAAAAGAAUGGAGGAGUUAGGCCUUGCUAGAAAGGCACAUUGCUUCAAUCAGAUUAUGACACUCUAUAUGGCUACUGGACAGGCAGAUAAGGUUCUUUUGCAAGUCAAGCAAAUGAAGAAAAUGAAUGUGCUGCCAGAUAGAAAGACUUAUAAUCUAUGGUUGAAUGCAUGUGCUUCUGUUUAUGAUGGAAUUGACGAGGUGGAGAAGAUUGUGGAUGAAAUAAAAACUGGUGGUGAAAAUAACAUACACUGGUCAACAUAUUGUACCUUAGCAAACAUCUACAUCAAUGCUGAUCAUGUAGACAAAGCAGAACCUGUGGUAAAACAGGCAGAGAAAGCGAUUUCCAAAGGAUUCGGUAUUGCACAUGAGUCUGUUAUUACUCUAUAUGGUGCUCUUGGUAAUAAGGAGGGAGUUUAUAGAAUAUGGCAAUCUGUAAAAGAGGCCUACAAAAAUCCUUCAUUUUCAAAUUACGAAUCUGUGCUUUCAUCAUUGGUGAAGGUUGGGGAUAUUCGAGGAGCUGAGAAAAUAUUUGAAGAAUGGGAAUCUAAUAAUCCGGUAAAUUGCAAAUUAGCCAACAUACUUCUUGAUACUUACGUAAAGAACAGUAUGUUGGAAAAGGCUGAAAAACUUCAUGAUGACAUCUCUAAGAAAAAAUGUAAAUUAAAUUGCAGAUCUUGGGAAAUUCUUACAGAGGGUUAUUUAGAAAGCAAACGGAUGGGAAAGGCAGUUGUAACCAUGAAAAAUGCUUUAAAAAAAGGUAUAUCCAAUGGAUGGCAACCGAAGUCUCAAAACAUCAAGCUUAUUCUAAAUCAUUUUGCAAAUAAUGGCAAUGUAGAAGGGGCAGCGGAGUUUAUUGAUCGUCUUAGACCUUUUAAAUGUGUGACCACAGAGGCCUAUAACUUGGUUCUUUCAACAUAUGUCAAGGCUGGAAAACCCGCUCCCAAUAUUUUGAAGAAAAUGGCACAGGAUAAAGUUAAACCUGAUCAAGAAACUGACAGGCUGCUUAAGCUUGUCAAUACAGAGGGUUUGAAAGUGAAACCAUAAAAGCUUUAAAAAUGGCUGCAGCAAAUGGUUCUAAAUCACUUUUGAUACAGUUUCCUCUAAAUUUUAUCGGUCCAAUUAUAUUUUUUAUGCAUCAGUCAGUAGUUAUUGUUGAGGAUAAUAUUAUAGUUGAUCUCCGGAUCUGAACUGUAAUGUAAUUGCAAACAGUGUAAAAAGUGACCCUUGUUUUGACCAUUUUGAUUCAGGGAUUCUUCUCUUUAGGAAGCUUUUGCUGAAUAGGUAAGAUAUAUUUAUGAUAGCAUGAUUAUAUGAUUUUACAAGGCAACACAUGAAUCAUUUGAUGCGCAUGUAACAAA